AGGACAUUUCCACCAUUUUAUUCGGGCUGUUUUGAUUUUCUUUUCUUUCUUUUUUUAAGUGCCAAUUUAUUUAUUUUUUUCCUGACUCGUGGACUACAAAUUCAUCUGAUCUGAAAAAUGUGUAACCUCAAUGCACUUGGAGUCUACCUUUGGGAGACCAUAGUAUUCUUCAGCCUCGCCGCUUCCAAAGAAACUGGAGCAGCAGCCCGAUCCGCUCCUAAACUCAUGUCCCCUUCAGAUUUCCUGGAUAAACUGAUGGGAAGGACGUCGGGAUAUGAUGCCAGAAUCAGGCCUAAUUUUAAAGGUCCUCCUGUGAAUGUUAGCUGCAACAUUUUCAUCAACAGUUUUGGGUCUAUUGCAGAAACUACUAUGGAUUACAGAGUGAAUAUUUUCUUGCGGCAGCAGUGGAAUGAUCCCCGGCUGGCAUACAAUGAAUAUCCAGAUGAUGCCCUGGAUUUGGACCCAUCCAUGUUGGAUUCCAUCUGGAAACCGGAUUUGUUUUUUGCAAAUGAGAAAGGGGCCCACUUUCAUGAGAUCACAACAGAUAACAAACUCCUGCGUAUCUCUAAAAAUGGCAAUGUCCUAUACAGCAUCAGGAUCACCCUGACACUGGCUUGCCCCAUGGAUCUGAAGAACUUUCCCAUGGAUGUCCAGACAUGUAUCAUGCAGUUAGAGAGCUUUGGCUACACAAUGAAUGAUCUGAUAUUUGAGUGGCAAGAGAAUGGAGCUGUCCAGGUUGCUGAUGGGUUAACUUUGCCUCAGUUCAUCCUCAAGGAAGAAAAAGACUUGCGCUACUGCACUAAGCAUUACAAUACAGGCAAGUUCACCUGCAUAGAAGCCCGUUUCCAUCUGGAACGACAGAUGGGCUACUACCUGAUCCAGAUGUACAUUCCCAGUCUGCUGAUUGUUAUUCUCUCCUGGAUCUCCUUCUGGAUCAACAUGGAUGCUGCACCUGCUCGCGUCGGUCUGGGUAUCACUACUGUGCUCACUAUGACCACACAAAGUUCUGGUUCCCGAGCAUCUUUGCCCAAGGUGUCCUACGUAAAGGCCAUUGAUAUCUGGAUGGCUGUGUGCCUGCUGUUUGUAUUCUCAGCUCUUCUGGAAUAUGCUGCUGUCAACUUUGUCUCCCGACAGCACAAAGAGCUGCUCAGGUUCAGGAGAAGGAGGCGGCACCAUAAGGAGGAUGAUACUGGAGAAGGCAGGUUCAACUUCUCUGCCUAUGGGAUGGGGCCUGCCUGCCUGCAAGCCAAGGAUGGCAUCUCGGUGAAAGGAGCCAACAACAACAAUACGGCGAACCCAGCCCCACCUCCUUCAAAGUCUGCUGACGAAAUGCGCAAGCUUUUUGUCCAGCGAGCCAAGAAGAUAGAUAAGAUCUCGCGAAUCGGCUUCCCCAUGGCUUUCCUCAUCUUCAACAUUUUCUACUGGAUUAUAUACAAGAUUGUCCGAAGGGAAGACGUACACAACCAAUGAGGGGACAGAAUUCAAGGAAGGAUGGAUGAUUGAGAAGGCAAGAAAAAUGGUUCCUCUAUACACACCAUGUGCAAUAGCAAUGCAGUGAUGCAUGAAUUUAAGAAUGUGGCAAUAUCUAUUUUAAAAAGUGGGGUGACUUUUAAAAAAAUAUAUGAACUGAAGAAUACUAUAGGGGUGGGCGGGCUAUGGGAUGAAAGCUUUCAAAACUUGAGUCAGGGGAGAUUAGGGGGGCAAACUGUUUUACAGUAUAAGGAAGUUUAGGAUUGCUUUGGCAGCAGUCCAGGCAGUGUAAUAUAUUAAAUAUAUAUUCAUGCUUAAUUAUAAUGCAAAAAGAAAUCCUUUUUUAGCCUAUUAACAGCUUAAAUUCUAAAGCCAAUGGAAUGAUUCAUAAUUCCAUGUGCAAAGAGGACUGCAAUUAUGCUUAAACCAGACUCUUGCUCUAUAAGGCCAUACCAGUUUCUAAGCAAGCACGCUUUAAAAAGUACAAGUAAAAGAGAAAGUCAUAUAACUGUAUACUUCCUUGUGUUGUUCACAUAUGGUUUGAAGAUGGGAUGAUUUAGAUGGGAGGGGAGAUUUUAAAUGAAAAAGGCUCAGGGUUUGCAGGGAUUAGUAGAUGGUUAGCUAGUUCACAUAUUAGAAAGCAAUCAUUUUAUGAUCCCCAAAAUCUUAUAUAAUAUUUACUUAAGAGUCCAAUAUCCAUUUCAGAGUUGUGCACAUUGGACUUUUAAAAUCCCACAGUAACAAUCUGAAAUUAUAACAUUUGUUGCACUUAAACAAAUGGGAAAUGUUCCUGUUGAUUUCAAGGAGAUACUGGCUGUGCCUUCUGUUUUCAGUGCAGGUGGUAUAAGCUGUGGCUUUCAAAUAAAUCACUACUCAUACUUGUUGACUUCAGUGGGAUUCCCCCAGUGUGAUCACAGCGGUAAGGAAAGCAGUGUUUAAAAAAUAUAAUUUAUCU